ACUUCUUGAUCUUUAACAAGUACGCACACGACGCUAAAUACAUUUUAUACUAAUAAAACUUUAUUAAUAAUUAAAUUACUAGUGGGACAAACCUAAUAGUGAUAGCUUUUUAAUACAAUCGCCUCUCUGAUAAUAACAAAGUGAUAGUCGCUCAGUAUAAAUGCAAAGUUAAGGAGAGCGUCCGUGUCGUAAACCGUUACAGUGUGCUCGAUUCAUCUGGCGACUGGUUCACCGGUGGCCGGUAAAAGCGGCGCGGGAGAUGACCGCGCGCAGUCAAUACCAAGGAGGUGCUCCGGCUGCACGCACCAUGCUGCUCAUCCUCGCUUCCCUAGCUCUCGCGACCGCCGCGCCCGCGACCUACGACCAGCGGCAAGAGGGCGAAGUCAAUGUACAAGCGGAUGUCCAAAACGUAGUCUUCCUCGUUGCAAUUCCACAAAAGAUUCCCAACAGCCUAUUAGAUCUAAGUUGGCUAAAGAGCGCGAAACAGAAUCCUAGCGACGAGAUCCAGGAGAGGGCCGAUGUUCAUGUGAUGGAGGCGUUCGUGGAGCCGAGCGAGCCCUACCGGGUGGAGAUUGGCUCUGAAGGGGUGCGGCGAGCGGAGGCCGACGGGCGGAAUGCUGACGCGGACGCGGAUGUCGUCAUUGCUGGCAGGAGGCGGUUGGAAACCGAUGCGCCUGAGAAGGUGGAAUACCAGCUAAUUGGUGCGACAGAGCAGUGCGGCCCCGACCGUGAGAGAGAUCCCGUGACCCUCGUCUGCCGCUCCCGCUCUCAAGUGUCUCCUUCAGAUGCGCCUGAAGUCAUCCCUGUGCCCUCGUAACAUGAUCUCUCGUCUAUAUGAUUAGGAAUACUAUUUAUUUGUGCCUGUACGACAUACUAUGUAAUUUAUUUGUAAAUUAAUUUAUAUUUAAGUAAAAGUUUUUAGUUUUGUUUA